UAACAUGGGUCGUCAGAUAUUUUCUAUUUACCCGACAACCCAUCUUUCUAAAGAAAGAAACAACAACAACAACAAUAAUUCAACUUUAGUUUGAUAAGCACGUGGAAAACAGAAGCGGAACCUUCUGAGAAACGUCAAUGAAAUAACAGUCGGGGGAGUUUCCGUCAAUCGAGUCAAAAUUAUAUUCCAUCCGGUAUGAGCGUAAACAAGCUUUUUUCCGAAAAGUUCACCCUCCAGGCGGCCACCAGCCCGAUCCCUGCAGCGAUCAUAUCCCAGGUGAGGCCGAGGACGAGCAUACUCGACAGGAAUCUGAGCAAAGGCAAACGGGAAAUCGGCCUCAGCACAUACGCCCUCCUUUUCUCCGAGAUGGUCCAGUACUGCCAGAACAAGGUGCACACUGUACCGGAGCUGCAGAACAGGCUGGCGGAGCUGGGCCAAGAGGUCGGCAUGAAGCUGAUAGACCUGUACUGCGUCAGGGAAGCCAAGUGCAAAAGGGAGACGAAACUCUUGAACAUGCUGCUAUUCAUCAAAACAACACUCUGGAAGGGUUUGUUUCUAAAAGAAAUAGACAUAUUGGAACAUGCCAACGACGAUGAAAAGAUCUAUUAUAUGAAGGAACAAGAUCCAAUAGUCAACACGUACAUAUCGAUCCCGAAAGACAAGAGGAGUUUCAACUGCGCCGUAUUUGCUGCCGGUAUCAUGGAAGCUUUCCUCUGCGGCACAGGCUUUACAGCCAAAGUGACAGCGCACUGGCACAAAGGGACGACUUACAUGAUAGUGUUCGACGAAAGCGUAAUGGCGAAGCAAAAACUUCUCACAGAUAGAUAAAAUCUAAAUUCUUACUUUUUAAAUAAUUAGGCAUCGUGUUUCUAAUGAAGGUUGCCAUUUGUAAAUAUAAGUUUGAAAUUAAGCACUUGCCAAUAAUUUAUAUUUCUUUUUUAACAGUUAUUAUAUAAUGUGUAUAUAAUGUCGCUGUUUUGUAUAUCUUGUAUAAUAAAACAUGUUGAAACAU